AUGGAUUUCAUUUCGAACGUUUGGAACAAGGCCGCCUCCGCCAUCGUCCCCGAGAACAGCGAGUCUCCGAAGGAUCCAACCGCUCAAGCCGAACCAGCCGAUCCGGCAGCGAGCGACGUCGGAAACGGGGGCGACAGCGGAGCUACGCCCCAAGCUACCGUAGACGCAGCAGACGCCACGAAGGACGAGGCAUGUGGCUCCCGCAAGGGAUCCUCGGCCGCUUCCGAAACCAAGGGAGAGGCCAGGGAGGAUGGAGUCACGAGCCAAGUGCUGCACAACGUGGAGAACGUCUCCCAUAAGGCCAUGGAGGGGGCCAAGACGUUUGGAAGCUUCCUCUUCUCUGUCGCCAACAAGGCCGGAAAAACUGUCACCGAAACGGCCACCAAGAUCAAGACCACAGUUGAAGAGAACAGCAUCCUAGCGGACUUCAACCACGAGCAGGCAUCGUUCCUGGCCUCGCUAACGAAGAACUCUUCGGGAAGUCUUCCUUGGUCUGGAUGCGAAAAUCCAGACGAGGUCAAGAAGCAAAUUCUUUCUUUAUCGGAGGAUAAACGCACUUUUGUUAGGAAUCCGCCCAAUGGCGUUCAAUUCGAAUUUGAUUUCGAGGGCCAUUUCGCUCCAAUCGCUAUGGCAAUGCUUAAAGAAGAUCCACGACUUGAAAAAAUGAGAUUCGAUCUUGUGCCUAAGCUUAUCAACGAACAGGAUUUUUGGCGCAAUUACUUCUAUCGCGUUUCUCUCGUGAAGCAAUCAACUCAGUUGAACUCGUUGGCAAAAGCUGGCGAUGGGGGCAGUACUGACACUUCUACGGCUUCGGGGCCGCAGACCCCCUCCGACGAUGGCAGAGAUGACGAAGGCCAGGAUAGUGGGAUACCGUCUGAUUUUGUCUCCGAUUCAUGCGAAGGGAAGGUUAACGCCGAAGACCUCGCGAAAGGCAUGCAGCAGCUUGGCGUCGGGAGCGUCAGUGCGAAGAGCGACGCUGAUCUCGAGCAGGAGAUCGAAAAGGAGUUGGAUGGCUAUGAGGUCGUGAGCUCAGAAGUAGCAGCAGGAGCGGGGGCUGACGACGAAGAUCUUGAAGAUGAAAUCCAGAAACUCUUGUCCGCCACCAGGAAGUGAACAUGAUAUAGAUCGGAAGCAGACGAUCCAUGAAAAGAGAAAAAGAAGAAAGCGAGAAAGGAAGAAAGAAAACGAUAUUUGGACAGCUUAGGGAUUUAGUGAGCUUUGCAGAGCAAAGAAGCUGAGAGCGGGUUUCGAUUAGCUUUCUAUGAGUCCAAUGGCGCGUAGAGAUAGCCUGUAUAGUGUUCGUGAAAACGGUCGACCGCGUUGGUGAAGAGGGCUACGAUUUUCAGCCGUGAUUCGGUUCUCUGGUUUUCUUUCCUUCACCGAUCCGAAGUGCCGCGCGCCCUCGAAACUUGGCAGCUGACGGAAUGCGCGGCGGAUCGGGACUUUGGACUGAGGUCAAAUGGACCUCGACAUUGACUACAGACAUCAUCGUCAGGCCGCAACUCCUGACAGUGAGUCGUCCAUUGAGAAGCCAUUGACGACCUCCGAGCGGGACUUCGUCCGCUCGUGAGCGGUCACGAAAGUUGUGAAAGUUGCCGAGGGUCGAAAACGAGGAUAAUUCCGUGAAACAUUCCGGGAGAUAAUGGUCUCUACGUUCGCGAAGAGUCCGACUCCAACUUAGCGUGAGCUUCGAUGAUUCCCUCGACCGGGUCGUCUCCUGAGAGGAGGCGGUUCGGAUGUGACGCCCUAUUCAUGAACCUGAUCGACCUUCUCGUUAUAAUCUCGCAUUUCAUUGGGAGCUUGCAGCGACAGGGAGAGGGAGCGAUGUGGGCAACCCAUUGAGAAAAAGACGAAGAAAAAGCAUCGGCGGAUCUGAGGACCUCCCAAACCGUCCCGAAUGGCCUAGGAAUCGCUCUCCCAAAGCUUGGCUGCUUUUAUUCCCCUCAUACUUUGUAAACCAUUGCCUCUUGCGACCGACAGGAAUGAUGAUGAGUUAUCCUCAAGUCUUAGGGGACUGUAUAGAUGAUCCCGGACCUUAGCUUCCCAGCUGUUCUGCUCCACCUCAAGGCAAUCCUUUCGUAUGUGAUUUCUAGGUUCGAGACCCGUAUCUACGCAUCAAAGAUAGAACGCUUCCGUCUUCGACUGUUCGUCUGUAGACUGUCGCAGUAGCCUCUUUCGAAGACAAUACUGAUAGCCGAGUGCUGAUUCUAGUAGCGCGCGCAUUUGAUUCGACCGGCAAACGUUGCGAUUCGAUCACUUAUCACUACUACCACCAGCUGUUUUGCUAUUCUCCUCAACCUGUUGCCAGAUUGAUUGAGUUCGAGUCGUCGAAUAGACGAACAAAGGCAGGCUCCAGAACGAGUCAAAACAGAUAGCGAAAAACGAGGAAAUGCAAUAUCCGAAGAGAAAAAAUUCUGAGCCUCAGUCCCUUUUAGUGGUCCCGCUCCCAGGGCGCUAGCACCGGUAAUACUGAUAUCGACCGUUAGCAUUAUGAAAUCGAACUGUUAUGUUGUAUAUAGGUUAGAAUAUUUAUAUCAUCCACUAGUUGGACAAACAUGCCGGACGGAAGUUUUACAGCCAAUCUGUUAUGUAAAAAAAAUUGCACUUACUAUCCCGGAUGAGCCGGAAGCUGACGAUAUGGUUACGACGUCGACGAUGAUGAUGAUGAAUGAUGAUGAUAUCAACCAACACCUUAUGAUAUUUGGGAAAUUCGGAGUUGUUCAAAUAAAACAAUGGUUUGAUCA